AUGUCGUCGGAGCGGAACAGCGCGUCUGUGCCGGUCGCCAGCUCCGAACAGCAGCAUGUCUCGGUACACCAUGCUUCCGCUUCUCCCGUGCAGCGCUUGAUCCGUCGCCUGGAAAUCUACUCGACCCAGAUUCCGGACUACUAUGUGACGCCCUUUUGCGGCGCCAGCGCCGGCGUGGCGUCGGGCAUCGUGACAUGUCCGCUCGAUGUGAUCAAAACGAAGCUACAGGCGCAGGGGGGCUUUAUGCGGAGGCGCGGUCCGCUGGCGGAGUCGUCGAGGUUAUACCGGGGCAUGAUUGGGACGGGAAAGAUGAUCUGGCGCGAGGAAGGCAUUCGAGGCUUGUACCAGGGGCUGGGGCCGAUGCUGCUCGGUUACCUGCCGACGUGGGCCGUGUACCUGACGGUAUAUGACAGGUCGAGGGUCUUUUUCGAAAGAACAACAGAAAAUUGGUGGCUCGCGCGAAUGUAUGCGUCGGUUACAGCCGGAGCAUGUUCGACGGUGGUGACGAAUCCGAUAUGGGUGAUCAAAACGAGACUGAUGUCUCAGCGAGUGAGAUUCAACAGUGACGGAUAUGGGGUUCCGUGGCACUAUCGGAAUUCAUGGGAUGCGGCUCGCAAGAUGUACAUGACAGAGGGGAUCCGGGCGUUCUACUCUGGGCUGACGCCCGCUCUCCUGGGGCUGACGCAUGUGGCCAUCCAAUUCCCACUGUAUGAGUACUUUAAGAUGGCAUUCACGGGCUAUGGCAUUGGCGAGCAUCCCGAGGAGGGCAGCUCGCAUUGGGUCGGCAUUUCACUGGCGACCUUCCUGAGCAAGGUGUGCGCCAGCACCGCGACGUAUCCGCACGAGGUGCUCCGGACGCGGUUGCAGACCCAACAGCGAUAUCCGCCGGCGACGUCACCGGAGGAGAUUACAUUCCGGGGCGGCAUAGACCGGCCGGGCGACCACGGACGGCCGCCGGGGGCGGCGUCAUCGGAUGGGAUGCCCAACCGGCCUCGGUAUACGGGCGUUAUCCGCACCUGUCAGACGAUCCUGCGUGAGGAGGGGUGGCAGGCAUUCUAUUCGGGGAUCGGGACGAACCUCAUCCGGGCGGUACCAGCGGCGAUGACGACGAUGCUCACGUACGAGUACCUGCGGAAGCUGAUUACGCAUUUACAGCACGAGGGCGAGCGGUACCUGGGCGAGCUACAGCUGGAGAGGAAGGAGAGCGAUAUCCUUGUGAUGGCCGAUCCGGAGGAGCGGUAG